GCCAAGCGAGCCUAAGAAGUCAUGGAAUACAGUCCAAACGGGAUCCAAGACUAGCGCAAUUAUAAGACCUUCCAUUUUAAGCCAGACGGAGAGUUUUUCGCCCCAACAACUGCGAAAGACUGGUUCGAAGGGGCACCAAAUAUCAACCAGCGCCAGUAGUUCGCCAAAGCCGGCAGGCCAGGGGCUUUUGCGUAAGACUAUGCUUUCCGAAAAAUUCUUGUCCUCGGAGAGUAAAUCGUUACCAGGCUCUCCUGUAUCUCAGGCACUGCUGCGAAAGACAGUUCCGAAACCCAGUGGCAGUGCUACGCAUAGCCCCAGUACACAACACAAAGCGUCGGCUAUGGAUUCGUUUGUAUUGCCAGCCACAUCGUAUGCUAGUAUGACCGUAAGUUCUGCUGCUGUGAGCAGUGGAACGUGUGUAGACUGGGUUAAUCAAGUCUGUGGACUCAAAAUUGCCGCUGACAAUUCCAUGGCACUUGCUGAAGCUUGCAAGGACGGAAUCAUGCUUUGCAAGAUGUGCAACGCCGCUGUGAAAGAUACCAUUGAUGUACGAGUCAUCAAUACGAAAAAUCUCGAUAGAGUUGCAAUCGAAGAGAAUUUCAUGCUUCUCGAGAAUUCCACUCGUGCUAUUGGCUGCAACAUAUCCAGCGUAAACAUGGCAGACGUGCAAAAGGGAACAUGUCCAAAAGAAGUGGAGAAGUUACUUACGCUUAUGCUGGUAGCCGGUGUAUCUAAGCGCGUUGUAUUUACCAAGCGCAGUGAUAAAGCCCCACCCUCCCCGAAAUGUACAGAUUGUGAUACACUCAUUGCAAAUUCCGCUGGUGACGGUAGUGAUACCUACGUUUCAUUCUCCGGGGAGGUUGUCUGUAAACCUUGCGUUAGCAAAGAAGCGCGCAUGCUCUUGAUCGUAUCGGGUAACGCCAUGUCGGUCAAUAAGUCCACGUUGAAAAAUGUUUCCAUGACCCAGCGCGUACCCACAAACACGUCAAACGAGACGUCUCGUCGUGUGCAAACAUCCGUGAAACCUUCGGAUAACCCAUUCAAAGCUGCUGACAGAUUCCGUGCAGCCGAAAACGGAGCCCGCUCAGUACCCUCAUCGCCCGCUUCCGUGAAACGCAACGGUGCAUCCGAUAGUCUCCUUCGCUGGUGUCAGUCACGGCUGUUUGGUUUUGAGGGACUUGCGGAUGUCGUGGAUUUCUCAGAGAGCUGGGCUGAUGGCAUGGCCUUCUGCGCGUUAGGAGUUGCUUUGGUGGGUGUCAACAAGUGCGGGUACACGUGGGAAGCUUUGAAGAAGGAAGAGAAACUGAAAAACUUGGAGACAGCAUUCCAGGCGUUUAAGAAUGACGGAGUGUGCAGGAUGCUUGAUGCUGAGGAUAUGGGAUCCAAGCCCGACAAAAAAAGUGUCAUGCUGUACAUUUCCCAGAUAUACAAACUUUACAAUUAAGUGAAGUGUAACUUUAUCAAUCUCGAUCAACUGUGAAGGCUCGAAAUUAGCCAUGGCGGCUCGACAAACCACAAACUUUACGAUGAGGAGGAUACCACACGGCUCGACUAGAGUGCUGGUUGCUGUGGCGAGCCAAAUACAAAACAACGUGCUUACCGAUAUCGCCGGGGCCGCAAAUUCUUCAGGCUUCUCGAUGAUUUUUCUAAACAAUACUAGAACUCGCUCUUCCGGGUUUACACGCUGUGUCCUAUAAGAUACCAGUUUUUAUUGACGUUAAGCUGUCAUCCAUAACUAUAUGGGCAUUACAUCUAUGCAUAUUCAUUCUAUUGGAAUGACAUCUAAAAGCGCAAAUGCGACUUUGAGCCAUACUUAAUCUCAGUUCUCAGUCUUUGUCUGCUAAUGGCUCAUGUGAACCCAACGUCCACUUUCACCUAUGAAUAAAAAGCGAAAUUGUCUUCACUAA